AAUUAAUUUUUUUAAUAUGAGUCAAGCACCAUAGGCCGGAUAAUCAUAAGCACAGAAGUCGAAUACAUUCAACAAAUCUGAAAAAACAAAGGAUAUUCGAUUGACCAAUAUAUAAGCAGCCAAAGCUGUGUCAGAUGCAGUAAGAACAAGCUUAGGUCCAAGAGGUAUGGACAAGAUGAUUUAAGAUGCCAAGGGUUAAGUCUUGAUUACAAAUGAUGGUGCUACAAUCUUAAAACAAAUGGAUUUGGUUCAUCCUACAGCUAAGAUGUUGGUAGAGAUUUCAAAUGCCCAAGAUGUCGAAGCAGGUGACGGCACAACUUCAGUAGUUGUAUUUGCAGGUGCUCUAUUGAAAUCAUGUGAGGUGCUAUUGGAAAAGGGAAUCCAUCCAACAACAAUUUCGGAGGGAUUUUAAUUUGCAUUGGAGCAUGCUCUUACAGCAUUGGACGAAUUGAAAAAGCCAGUAGAUUUAGAGAAUAAAUAAUAAUUAAUUGAGUGUGUCUAAACAGCACUUUCAUCAAAAGUUGUUUCAUCAAACAGUGCUUAAUUGGCUCCAUUGGCAGUAGAUGCUGUUUUAAGAAUUGUCGAUCCUCAAAAGCCAAACAAUGUUGAUUUGAAAGAUAUCAAGAUCGUGAAGAAAUUAGGAGGAACCAUAGAUGACACAGAAUUAGUUGAAGGCAUAGUCUUUUCAAAUUAAAAGGCAAGUUAAGCCGCAGGAGGUCCAUAAUAAAUUAAUAAUGCCAAAGUUGCUUUAUUAUAAUUCUGUCUAUCCGCUCCCAAGACUGAUGUUGAAAACUCCAUAGCCAUUAAGGAUUACACUGAAAUGGACAAAAUCUUAAAAGAAGAAAGAAAAUAUAUUAUUGAUUUAGUCAAGAAGAUAGUUGCUUCAGGUGCCAAUGUUUUAUUGAUUUAAAAAAGUAUUUUGAGAGAUGCAGUUAAUGAUUUGUCAUUACACUUUUUGGCCAAAAAAGGCAUCAUGGUUGUUAAGGAUAUUGAAAGAGAUGAUGUUGAAUUUAUUUCUAAGACCUUAUGUUUGGUUCCAGUUGCUCAUAUUGAUUAAUUGACUCCAGAAAAACUAGGUACUGCUGGAUUAGUAGAAACAGUUCAUUUGAAUGAUGAAAGCAAAGUAUUGAGAAUCACUAAAGUCCCUGCUCAAUCUAAGGCCUUGACUAUUUUGGUUAGAGGAUCAAAUCAAUUAGUCUUGGAUGAGGCUGACAGAAGCAUUCAUGAUGCAUUGUGUGUUGUUAGAAGUUUAGUGAAGAGCAAAGGAUUGAUUCCAGGAGGAGGAGCACCAGAAAUUCAUUUAUCUUUAAGAUUAACCCAAAUGGCUAAUACAUUGACAGGAGCCAAGUCUAUGUGUGUUAGAGCAUUUGCUGAUGCUUUAGAAGUCAUCCCUUACACUCUUGCUGAAAAUGCAGGUUUGAAUCCAAUCAAUGUUGUAACAGAAUUGAGAAAUAGACAUCUUAAAUCAUAAAAGUUUGCAGGAAUUGGAAUGAAGAAAAAUAAUAUUGUCGAUGAUAUUACAACCGAAUAAGUUGUCCAACCUAUUUUAGUCACUAGAAGUGCUUUAAGUUUGGCUACAGAGUGCGUUAGAAUGAUUUUGAAAAUAGAUGAUUUGGUCAUCUCAGCACGUUGAUCAAUAAUAUAUUAAGUAUAUAAU